UAUGUCUUCAAAUAUAGAGUUAGUUCCGUUUUAUUCGUCGUUACUUCGUACUAUAUAAAGUAUGUUUCAAUAGAAUUUGAUUACAGCAGAAGAGAGAAGUGAGUUGAAGAAUUUUGUAGUUUCUCAUGAUACGAAGGAUUUAGGAUAAUUAUUUCAAUCUUAUGAAAAAGGAUAGUUGGAGAAAUUUAUAUUGGAAAAUUACAUAAAUCCAAGAAAUAAUGAAUAAUAUAUAGAAGAUGAGGAUGACUCAUGCUAUUCUAUAUCUGAAAUUGAAUGUUAAAAAAGUACCUUAAGUUGUACUCCUAAUUAAUUUGUAUGGUAAUUGAAACAAUCCAAAUAAGUAAUAUAAGAAAAAGAAGGUAAUCGAAAAAGAUCCAAUUCAUUUACAACAUUUAAAUAAUUAUGAU